UUUAAAAAAAGAAAGAAAAACAAAUAGAGCAGCCAAUGAGCAACCGCCAGUGUGAGAGUAAACAGAACCUUCCUUUUCCCCAACCUUAACCCUGUGAUGCCCGCUCCUCCUCCACACAUAGAGAAGACGAAAUUGGGUUCUCAUCCGGAAAACUUGGAAGUAUAAAAGCCUGAUUUUUCUAAGCGACGAUGUAGAAUUUGUUGUAAGAGUUGGUCUCAAAUGGACUGAAUAACUCUAUUUUAUAGAGACUCUUAUUUGGGUAACUUUCUGGAGUUAACAGCAACAGGAGGGAGCAACUGUGUACAUGGAAAAGAGGCCAGAUAAAAAGGCUAAACAGAUUGAAUCUAUGGAUGAAAAGGAAAGAGAUGUGCUGCUUUGUGGUUUAGAGAUAGAAGGCUCAUCAAAUCACAAAACAUGGAUUCCCUUUGACCUUCUCUUCAAAAUAUUUCUUCUACUCCCGGCCGAUACACUGUGCAGGGUAAGCUUUGUCUGCAAAACGCUGUUUAACAUGAUCACAAGUCCAAACUUCAUUGAAGCUCACCUUCGUCGCUCUGAGACUGUUCUUCUCACUUUAAUCUCAAAUUACGAGAACCACAACAAAUCUUUGCCUUUUGCACCAUAACCCCAUUCUCAAAGUAUUGUACACUUUUUCCAACUCUGGGAAUUGCAUAGCGGGAAAAGUAGCAAAAUUCCUGUUCAGAACUUGGCCAUAAUAGACUCAGUUUUAGCAUCCUGCGAUGGACUAGUAUUGGCCAAAAUGAAAACGACAAGAGGACUAGUAGUAGUCAACCCAAGCAGUAGGAAGCACUUACGAUUUCCCCUGGGAACGGCCGGUUUCAGCCCAGAGUCAUUUGGGUUAAUGCGUCGGGGACAUAUGGGUGAGUAUAAAGUGGUACACUUAUUUCGCGACAAAUACCUCCACGCCAGAUGUGAGAUUCUAAGCCUAUCUACAAGGUCAUGGCAUGCGGUAGAUGGACCACCUCUAACCGUCCAACAACACAUCAUUCUUCACCUGCCUGUUUCAGCUACUGGAGCAAUGUAUUGGCUACCUGGAAGAGCUCACUGCACUCAUAUCGUCUCUCUGGGAUAUGAUGACGAAAGGUUCCUCAUCAUACCGUUGCCAAUCAUCAGCACCAAGAAUGACCGUUUAGUUGAGGUGGGUGGUGGGUUAUUGAGCUUUGUCACUCAUGCUACGAUGCACUUGAUCCAGGUAUGGAUUUUGAGGAGGAGGGAUGGUGGUGACGUAGAGGGCUACUGGAUAAAACGUUAUAGUAUAAACAGGAAUUAUGAUGUUACGGGAAUGGUUCCGAUUUGCACUUCGGGCCGUGAGAUGGUCUUCAGCAGACAGAGGAAAAACCUGUUGCAUGUUUGUGAUCUGGAAAGUGAUGAGAUGAAGGAGGUCACUCUUCACACCGAGAAGAUGAAUGGGGCUGCUGAUAAGCAAAAUGAGAUUGCUGAUGACCAAGAUGAGAUUGCUGAUGAGCAAGAUGAGAUUGCUAAUGAGCAAGAUGAGAUUGCUGAUGAGCAAGAUGAGAUUGACGGCAUAAACCCUGAAGUGGAUAGUGUCAGCGAAUUUACGUCUUACAUUCCUCAUGUCAACUCCCUUGUAUCGCUCUGAACUCGAUAUCAUCAUCAUCAUCAGUAGGAGACAUGUUAUUGUGUUACUUAUGAAUCCUCUUCUAUGGCUGCGGUAAUUUAGAAUGCUUACGGCACUAGUGUUCCAAAAGAGCUUUUUGCCUACUUGCAUUCUAUUUUGAUGUUAAAACAGUUGAUUAAAGAACUUUCAACUAAAAAACAGAAAAAGGAUAAGUGGCAUCUGUAUCUAUAAUAAUUAUGUAAUUCAACAAUUUCAUAAAAUGCAUUGUGGCGGCUACCUUCGUCUGGUUUGCUAAUCAUUACACAUGGACACAGUUUUGGUCCAGAGCCACCUGGUCCAGAAUCGGAUCAGAACUUGCGCCUGUCCACCCAAACUUAUCAUAGUUGAUUCCUUUUGUAGUUUGUUGUAAGCCGUGCAAUCUGAGUUCAUUUGAGAUAUGCUAAUUGUGCACAAGUUACACCAUCCUUGCGAAUUCCCAUGGUGGUAAAUGCUCAUUCAUGAGAGUGGUCAAUAAGUAAUUAACAGGGAGUAUUUGCACCUA